AUGAUUUGCCCCAAGAAGCACGCUGUUUUCGACGUGGUCGGUACAUGCGUGUCAUUCGACUACUUUCUUGACACCAUCGAACAUGUUCUCGGCCCACGACUGCGAGCACAUGAAGUAUCCGCCAAAAUAUUCGGGUUCGCAUGGAUGCAAGCUGCGGAGCUCGAGUCUCUUAUGCUCCACAUGUCCAAUCGGAACGUGCCAUACAAGGAAGUCUUCAAGGCGCUCUUUUACCGCGUCUUAUAUAUGUCCGGGAUCGAAAACCCGAGGUCGUUCGCCACCGACGAGGAGAGAAACAUAUGUCACGAUGCGUAUUCGAAGCUGGAACUCCGCCCAGACUGCCGCGCCAUGAUGGAAAAAUUGAGGAAUAAUGGUUUCACCAUCUGGUGCUUGACCACGGGCGACACAGAACGAGUCGGCGGCUACUUCAAGCGCGCCGGGUUUGAAAUGCCCGCCGAGAACCUUGUCAGUUGUCAUCAGUUUAUGAAGUAUGAAUCCGCAUUGGAGUCACCGCUUGCUAUGGUCAAGCCUUCGAUGGGGUCUUACCAGCCCAUGCUGGAGAAGUUCUCUGCUGAAGAUCAAAAGUGGUUCGUGGCGGCGCAUAUGUGGGAUGUGAGCGCGGCUGUUAAAGCUGGCUUCCGUGGUGCUUACUGCUCAAUCUAUGAGAAGGAAUCGUGCAUUGAGAUCUUCGAUACUAAGAUGGAUGUCAUGGCCGACAAUUUGCUCGAAGUGGCCGACAAGAUGAUUGAUGUGGCAUGA